AUGCCUCAGCUGGUGUUUCCGCCGUCGGAGCCGAGCGAGUGUUCGCCCAGUCGCUUGUCAGGCGAAGAGGCACGUAGCGACAGCGGCGCAGAAGACCUGGCGGGCUCGGAGCGCGAAGAAGCGACAGACGAGGAAGUGAAGGCGCAUUCGCCUUCCUCUUCGCCGUGCGUCCUCUCGCGGGCGUCGUCGACCGAGUUCGUCCCCUCCUGCGACCCGUCUGCGUCGUCUCCGUCCUCGUACUUGUCGCUUCCCGCGUCUUCACUCGUCUCCUCUUCGUCUUUCUCUUCCAGCAUCUCCGAGGAGCCGAGUCCACCGGAGGCCCCUUCGGGUUCUGACUCGCGCGAGCGGCUCUCUGACGAAGGCGCCGCCCCCGAGCCGGUCGCCCCGGGCGACGGCGAGGCACCGGGUGAGAGAGUCACUUCGCUCUCGCAGAUCUCUUCUUCUUCGUUCUUUCGGCCUUCCUCGUUCUCCCGGCGGACGCAGAGCGCCUCUCUCUCCCAAGGGUCGCAGGCUGCGUGCCUGCCUCUCUUUUUCCGGGGCGAGUCGCUGCCCGUCCCCGCCUCGCCUCUCUCCGCGGCAUCCUCCUCUUUGUCCUCCGCGGCUUCCGUCCGCCUGCAUUCUUCGUCUCUCGCGUCCUGCGCAGCGGGUGAGUCCGCGCCGUUCGCCGUCGACGCCGCCCGCGAAGGGACGGAGGAAGACGAGGGGGAAAGCGACUCUGCGACAGCGGCCGCUCCUGCGAACCAGGCUUCGCUGUCGCCGCUCUCUGCUGCGUCCUUUUGCGACGCGCCGGCCUUGCCUCAAGACAAGCUGAGCGUGGACGCCGCGCCGCCGCUCUCGCCCAUCAAGUCUUUCUUUUCCUCUACGUCUUUCCCGGCGACCUCGCCCUUCGCCACGGCUGCGCGGUUCGCUCUGACGGGCCUGACUGCCUCCUAUCCGCCCCCUCCUUUCACCCGCAGCGGCGCGCCUGACGGCUCCCGGGGCGGCCGCGACGACGCACUGUCAAGCGCGAGCGCCCGCGCAGCCGUGGAGUCGCAUGAGGCGCCUGAAGCACCUGAGAAAGAGACUCUGAUCUCCUCUUCGCGGGGCGACUCGUCGCUCUCUCCUGGGCUGCCUGCGUCGACUUGGUCGCCGCUGCCGCAGGCGUCCGUGCACGUGCCUCCCUCGCUCCUCCUUCCCUUCGCUCAGUCUGAAGAGACGCGCGCGAGAACUCCCGAACGCGGUCUGCGCGCGGCGUUCAUCCCGGGGCGCUUCGCGAAGCUGCUUCAGCGUCUCGGCGGCGCGCGAGAGGCGGCUGACUCCGAAGCAGCUUCUUUGAUCCACGCGCCGCGGCGACCUGAGCCGCGUUCGCGCGCGUCCGGUGAGUCCUCUGCCUCCUCUGCCGCCGGAGACGCGACGGCGUCCUUCGUCUCUUCGCGUGUGUCGUCCUUUUCCUCCGCUGUCGCCUUCCCGCCGCCCGCGGAGGCUGCUUCGCUUUCGGCGUCCUUCGCGUCUUUCGCGCCCACCGAGGCGCUGCCGUCGUUCGCGCGCGCCGAUCUCCACGCCGAGGAGAGACAGUCCCUCUUCAAGAUGCCUGAGCAGGCCCGCGGCCGCGAAUGCGGAGGAGUGGACGCGCAGCUCAGUCGCGACUUCCAGUCUGCUCUUGCCCAGCGCCCGCAUCCGUACCCGGCGCGCCGCGCUGAAGACUACCGUUUUUUUCCUCCACCGCAGGACGGGCGCGCGCAGAUGUUGAUGCUUAUGGAGCUCUCCCGGCUGCGCGGCGAGAUGAUGCAGCUGCAAUUGGCGGCCUCGAAGCCUCCAAACAUCAUCAUUCAAAACAAAACAGAAGUCGCGGCGACGACUGAGACGAACGUCCAGCAAGGCGGCCGCGGCGACCCGCCGCGUAACCGGUUCGUCGAGUGGCUGAGCAGGUUUUUUAGCAGCCGCAUGAAUCAAUUCUUCCUGCUCUGCGGCCUCGGCCUGGGUUGCUACAUGCUGCUCGAGCACUGGCGCCACACCUGGCGCAUGGCGCAGCUGCGGAGGCGAGUCGACAGCAACAUCGUGCUUCGCGGUGUGCAGAUGCUCGAGGAGACGAUCGGCGUCCGUCGCCCGUCGACUUUCUUCUGA